UGCGACAGUAGUGGAUAUCUCAACAUGAAUUUCAAGGGUGAAACUUAUACAACAGGGUGCUCAACAAGCUGUCAUAAUUAUGAUCCUAAAAUGGUAAUUGGGAAUAACACUGGAAAAUGCACAGGUUUAGGGUGUUGCCAAGUUGAUAUUCCUCCGCUUAUGAGAUAUCUCACUAUACAAACAUUUAAAUUCCCAAGUUCUACAUCUCAGAAAGGUUGUAGCUAUUCCUUUAUUGCAAAACAAGGAUCCUAUAAUUUUUCUGUACAGCAUAUAAAUAAUCUAACAGAUCAAACUUUUCCCAUGGUUGUUAAUUGGGCCGUUACAAAUGAAUCAUGUCAAAUAGCACAAACUACAGGUAGCUAUGCCUGCAAGGAAAAUAGUGAAUGCGUUGAUAAUGAUCCAGAUUAUGACGGUUACAGAUGCAAGUGUUUGGAGGGUUUUGAAGGAAAUCCAUACCUUCCUGGAGGCUGCAGAGACGUCGACGAAUGUGUAAAAAAUUUACAUGAAUGCAAAAAUAGCACAAAUUGUAAAAACACAGCUGGGAAUUACACUUGUUUCUGUCCUGUGGGCCAAAUGGGAGAUGGGACAAAGGAAGGAGGGUGCCAACUACAUGAUGGAAAUGCAUUUGGAAUAGUACCUACUUUGUUCAGAGGAGUAGGAGCAGCAUUAGUACAUACUGCCCUUGGAAUAGGAGCAACAUGUAUUGUUGUUUUUGUGGGGCAGAUGAUAAUCUCCAAAUUGAAAGAGAAAUUCUUUAGGCAGAAUCAAGGUUCUAUUUUGGAACAGAAACUACUUCAAAGAAAAGACUCGUCUAAAAUAGCUAAUAUUUUCAAGGAAAAUGAACUAAGGAAAGCCACUAACAACUAUGUUGAGAGCUUAAUCAUAGGUAGAGGAAGUUUUGGUACAGUUUUCAAAGGGGUACUAGAAGAUAACAGAAUUGUUGCUAUCAAAAAGUCCAAAACAAUAGAUCAAAGCCAAAUUGAUCAAUUCAUUAAUGAGGUGGAUGUUGUGUCCCAAAUAAAUCACAGGAAUGUGGUUAAACUCUUGGGGUGUUGUCUAGAAACAGAAGUUCCUCUGUUGGUUUAUGAAUUUGUUAGCAAUGGUACUCUUUCUGAUUUUAUACACAAAAAUAAAGAGAAUAAUCCAACUUGGGAAAUUCGUCUUAGGAUAGCAACAGAGGUAGCUGGAGCUUUGUCAUAUCUACAUUCAGCUGCUUCGAUGCCCAUUAUCCACAGAGAUGUCAAGAGUGCUAACAUUCUCUUAGAUGGAACCAACACUGCCAAAGUAUCUGAUUUUGGAGCUUCAAAAUUAGUACCACUUGACCAAUCUGAAAUAUCCACAAAGGUGCAAGGAACUAUUGGCUACUUAGAUCCAGAAUAUAUGCAAACAAGCCAAUUGACUGAAAAAAGUGAUGUAUAUAGCUUUGGGGUAGUUGUUGUGGAGCUUCUAACAGGGGAGAGACCUUUUAGUAUUGCUAGGCCAGAAGAGACAAGAAAUCUUGCUAAGCAUUUUCUUUCCUGCUUGAAAAAGGAUAAUGUGUUUGAAAUUAUUCAAGAUGGUAUGUUGAAUGAAGAAAACAAACAAGAGAUCAAGGAGGUAGCUGUUCUUGCGGCAAAGUGUUUGAGACUAAAAGGGGAGAAAAGACCAAGCAUGAAGGAAGUGGCUAUGGAAUUGGAGGGAAUGAGGUUAAUGGAGAAGCACUCUUCGACCAACGAAGACCUAAAUGAAUCAUUAUCUAACAUUUAUGAACUUGAAUUCAAGGCAAUGCAUUUUCCAGUAAUAAUGCUUACUGCAUUAUCCAUGUUGGUUGAAGCAGUUGUAUCUGAUGAACCCCAACAAGUCCUACCAGGCUGCAAUUACACUUGUGGAGAUAUACAAAUUCCAUAUCCAUUUGGCAUAGGAAAUUCAACAACACUAGAUCAUACAACAUGUUACAUGGAUUCAAAGUUUGAAUUUGAACUAACUUGUGUAAACUCAACAUUAAUCCGUGGUGAGAAUAUACAAGUCCUAAACAUAAAUCCUCAAGGUCAAAUGGUAAUGAAAUUUUUUGUCUCGCAUCUUUGUACUGAUAGUAAUAGUAAUAAUACUGAAAAAGCCAAUAAACCUUUUCUCAGAGAUCCCUCUUUCACAAUUUCAAGCACGGAAAACAAAUUCAUAACCGUUGGUUGCGACAGUUAUGGAUAUCUCAACAGUAAUUUCAAGGGUGCCACUUAUUCAACAGGGUGCUUAACAAGAUGUUAUGAUUAUGAACCUAAAAUGGUAAAUGGGACCAAUACUGGAAAAUGCACAGGUUUAGGUUGCUGCCAAGUCGAUAUUCCUUCGCUUAUGAAAAAUAUUACUAUUCAAACAUUUAGAUUCCCAACUUCUACACUAUCUCAGGAUCAGGAAGAUUGUAGUUAUUCCUUUAUUGCAAAACAAGGAUCCUAUAAUUUUUCUGUAGACCAUAUUAAUAAUCUACCCAACCAAUCUUUCCCCUUGGUUGUUAAUUGGGCUAUUACAAGUGAAUCAUGCCUAAUAGCACAAACUACAAAUAGCUAUGCCUGCAAGGAAAAUAGUGAAUGUGUCGAUGAUGAUUUUGAUUAUGACGGUUACAGAUGCAAGUGUUUGGAAGGUUUUGAAGGAAAUCCAUACCUUCCUGGAGGCUGCAGAGACAUUGACGAAUGUGCAACAAAUUUACAUAGAUGCAAAGAUAGCACAAAUUGUAACAACACUCCAGGGAAUCACACUUGUUUCUGUCCAGUAGGCCAAACCGGAAAUGGAACAAAGGAAGGAGGGUGCCAACUACCUAAUGGAAAUGCAUAUCCAAUAGUACCUACUGUCCUUGGAGUAGGAGCAGCAUUUAUUGUUCUAUUUGUGGGGAUAAUUUUCAUCUUAAUAUACCAAAAGAGGAAACUUACCAAAUUGAAAGAGAAAUUCUUUAGGCAGAAUGGAGGUUCUAUUUUGGAACAGAAACUUCUUCAAAGAAAAGACUCAUCUCAAAUUGCUAAUAUUUUCAAAGAAAAUGAACUAAGGAAAGCCACUAACAACUAUGACGAGAGCUUAAUCAUCGGUAGAGGAGGUUUUGGUACAGUUUUCAAAGGAGAACUAGAUGAUCAUAGAAUUGUUGCUAUCAAAAAGUCGAAAACAAUAGAUGAAAGCCAAAUUGAGCAAUUCAUUAAUGAGGUGGAUGUUGUCUCCCAAAUAAAUCACAGGAAUGUGGUUAAACUCUUAGGGUGUUGUCUAGAAACAGAAGUUCCUUUGUUGGUUUAUGAAUUUGUUAGCAAUGGUACUCUUUCUGAUUUUAUACACACAGAAGGUAAAGUGAAUAAUACAACAUGGAAACUUCGUCUUAAGAUAGCAGCAGAAGUAGCCGGAGCUUUGUCAUAUCUACAUUCAGCGGCCUCGAUACCAAUUAUCCACAGAGAUGUCAAGAGUGAUAACAUUCUCUUAGAUGGAACAAACACUGCCAAAGUAUCUGAUUUUGGAGCUUCAAGAUUGGUUCCACUCGACCAAACUGAAAUAGCCACAAUGGUGCAAGGAACUAUUGGCUACUUAGAUCCAGAGUAUAUGCAAACAAGCCAAUUGACUGAAAAAAGUGAUGUAUAUAGCUUUGGGGUAGUUCUUGUGGAGCUGUUAACCGGGGAGCGGCCUUUUAGUUUUGGUAGGCCAGAAGAGAGAAGAAGUCUUGCUAUGCAUUUUCUGUCCUGCUUGAAAAAGGAUAGCGUGUUCGAUGUCAUUCAAGAAGGUAUGUUGAAUGAAGAAAACAAACAAGAGAUCAAGGAGGUAGCUGUUCUAGCGGCAAAGUGUUUGAGACUUAGAGGGGAAGAAAGACCUAGCAUGAAGGAAGUGGCUAUGGAAUUGGAGGGAAUGAGGUUAAUGGAUAAGCAUUCUUGGAUCAACGAAGACCUAAAUGUAGAGGAGAGUCGCUACUUGCUUCAUGAAUCAUCGUCUAGCAUUUAUGAACUUGGUGAUAGCAGCAAACAUGGAGAUAUUGGGUAUGACAGCUUGAAAGAUCAUGUAUUGAUUGCCUUGGAUGAUGGAAGAUGAUUGGAAUGUGACUAAAUACAUUUGUAUUUCAUUAUUUUUGUUAGAAGUUUUUGCAUGCAUAAUUUAUUUUUAUGAAUAAUCUAAUUCAUUAUGUAAUUGUAAUGUAAUUUGUCUAUAUAAUUAAUGUGUUGUGUGCAUGCCUCCUAGUAGUUUA